ACUGCCAUUAACUAACUCUUAUCCAAUACUCCACAACACUAAAACAUGUUUACUAUGAAUCAUAUUUCAGAGUCACAUGAUUCUGCUUCUUCUUCUUCUUCUUCGGAGAAGUUUCUUGCGGCGAGCAUGCCGAAGAAGAGAGCAGGGAGGAAGAAGUUUAGGGAAACACGGCACCCGGUGUACCGUGGUGUAAGAAAGAGGGACUCCGGCAAGUGGGUGUGUGAAGUGAGGGAACCUAACAAGAAGACAAGAAUUUGGCUCGGGACAUUUCCUAAUCCCGAGAUGGCGGCGCGUGCGCAUGACGUCGCUGCGAUUGCGCUCAGGGGAAAGUCUGCUUGUCUUAAUUUUGCUGAUUCUGCUUGGAGGUUGCCGGUUCCGGCUACGACGGAUGCAAGAGAUAUUCAAAAGGCGGCAGCUGAGGCGGCGGAGGCUUUUCGGGCGGAGAGUGAGUUUGAGAGGAAGGAGAGUGAGACGAAGAUGGCGGAAGUGGCGAUGGAGCAACUAGUGGAAGAAGAAGAAGAGACGGUGCCGGAGUAUCUGAGAAACAUGGUGCUGAUGUCACCGGCACAUUGCUGGGGGAACGACUAUGGUGUUGCUGACGUGGAAUUUGAUGAUACUGAAGUUUCAUUGUGGAGUUAUUCAAUUUAAUUAAGAACAAUGCUUCUUUGACUAAAUAAGAAAAAUACGAAACAUUAGUACUACGAAAUUUAGGAAUAAGACGUUGUAAUUGAUUGUUUGGGUAGGAGAUUGUAGUUUAAUCACCGUACUUAUGAUUUUUUUUACUAGUACGGAUAUUAUUGAUGAUAGAGGAGAAAAUAUGUGAUAGUAGAGAAGAUAAUUUCUUUUGAGUGUAAGUAAGUUCACACAAUAUUUUGCUGAAAAUCGUAAUAUUUAAUAUAUUCAUAUAAUAAAAGUAAGUUUUGACUGUUCAUGUUU